GCCGCGCCGGCCCAGCCCGGCCAGGCCCGGCGGGCGGCGCGCUGACCUUGCAGGCGGUCAAACCGGCCACCCUUUGUUCCCCGGCGGUGGCGCUCGGGUUUCUGGGCGGGGACCUCGGAGCCAGGUGCCAGCCGCUUCGUCGUAGCGAGAUCCGCGAGCCUCUGGCCCCGCGGAGGCCGAGCGCGGCCGCGUCCCGGGACGUCUGAGGUUCAUUCAUUGGGUCCCUACCGUGUACUCCUGUCCGGCGCUCAGCCAGCCCAACUGCUGCGGAGUGCUGGGCGCGGCCGCGCUUGGCCCCUUUGUGGGUGACUGGGGCGAGGUAGGGUAGUGCAGUGGAUCUGCGGGGGACAGGAGGCAACUCGGACGGAGUCGACUAUUAGACCCAGACAGACCACUCGGGUCCUUUCCACAAUGGCCCGGCGUCCGCGGAGUAGCAGAGCAUGGCACUUUGUUCUGAGUGCAGCCCGCCGAGACACAGAUGCCCGAGCUGUGGCUUUGGCAGGCACCACUAACUGGGGCUAUGACUCUGAUGGGCAGCACAGCGACUCUGACUCCGACCCUGAGUACUCUUCCCUGCCACCAUCCAUCCCCAGUGCUGUGCCUGUGACAGGGGAGUCCUUCUGUGACUGUGAGGGUCAGAACGAGGCUACCUUCUGCAACAGCCUACACACAGCACACCGCGGCAAGGACUGCCGGUGUGGUGAGGAGGAUGAGGAUUUUGAUUGGGUCUGGGAUGACCUGAACAAGUCCUCAGCCACCUUGCUGAGCUGUGAUAACCGCAAGGUCAGCUUUCAUAUGGAGUACAGCUGUGGCACUGCGGCCAUCCGGGGCACCAAGGAGCUAGGGGAUGGCCAGCAUUUCUGGGAAAUCAAGAUGACCUCUCCUGUGUAUGGCACUGACAUGAUGGUGGGCAUCGGGACCUCAGAUGUAGACCUGGACAAGUACCAUCACACAUUCUGCAGCCUGCUUGGCAGGGACGAGGACAGCUGGGGCCUCUCCUACACUGGGCUCCUCCAUCACAAAGGCGACAAGAUGACUUUCUCUUCACGCUUCGGCCAGGGCUCUAUCAUCGGCGUACACUUGGACACCUGGCAUGGGACGCUGACCUUCUUCAAGAACAGGAAGUGCAUAGGAGUGGCUGCCACCCGGCUGCAAAACAGAAGGUUCUACCCAAUGGUGUGCUCCACAGCUGCCAAGAGCAGCAUGAAAGUCAUUCGCUCCUGUGCCAGCUCCACCUCCCUGCAAUACCUGUGCUGCUAUCGCCUGCGCCAGCUGCGGCCAAACUCAGGGGAUACCCUCGAGGGCCUGCCCUUGCCACCUGGCCUCAAGCAAGUGCUACGUAACAAGCUGGGCUGGGUCCUGAGCAUGAACUGCAACCACUGGAAGUCCCCUGGACCCCCUCCUGGCACAGCCACAGCUGGUGUUGAGAGCACCGAGACCAGGCCCUGUCAGAGGAAGCGCUGCAAAAGAAGCUGACUUCUCCAGCUGAAGCACGGCUCCCUUAUUCUGUCCCUUCCAGGGCAGCAGGAGAGGAAGAACUGAGGUCCAGGCUUGUCCCCGUCUCCCUGAAGCCAGGACAGUCUUCUGAUGGCCAUGGAGCGUGGAGGCCAUUCUACUGCAUGUGCUGGAGGAGCAGCACUCUGUUUGUGCUCUGAGUUGCCAUGUAUCUUGGGAACAGCAGCCCAAACAUUUCAGGACCUGGAUUAUAAACCUGGGAUGCUAGCUUACUCAAACACUCACAGCCCAGGAAAAAGGAGAUGGGCUGUCCCAACCCACAGGGCCUUGGGGUUUUCCUGACUUGCAACUGCAUGUUGUCAGCUCCUGCCCAUUACAAAGAUGUCAGUGGGUGCCCUGUGAAGGGUUUUGUCUCGUUCCCAUAGGCUAUAUAACAUUAAAACAGUCCCUAAUAAGG